GAAACACCGCGCACGUUCCUCUCUCAUAUCUUAACUUGUUUCUUUAUGACUUUCCCCUCUCUCUCUCUCUCUCACAUAAUAACUUUCCCCUAUCGACAAAAUGGCGUCUACUACCUAUUCAAGGAAGAAUAAAUAUAUGUCCUUUUCUUAUCUUGUGAUUCUCCAUAAAUACUCUUAUUCCCAUGCUCUUCUUCUCUCUCUCUCACACAACAACCAGAUCUUUCAAACACCUUCUUUCCACAAAUGAUCAUGGGAAACCUUAAACCUGCAUGGUUGGAAGCUCUCUAUGCUCAAAAGUUCUUUGUGGGCUGCUCUUAUCAUGAGAAUGCAAAGAAGAAUGACAAGAACAUAUGCUGCUUAGACUGUUGCACCAGUAUUUGUCCCCACUGCUUACCCUCCCAUCGCUUCCAUAGCCUUCUGCAGGUUCGCCGUUAUGUAUAUCAUGAUGUUGUCAGAUUGGAAGAUCUUCACAAACUCAUAGAUUGCUCCAACGUCCAGCCUUAUACCAUCAAUAGUGCCAAGGUGGUGUUCAUCAAGAAGAGACCACAAAACCGGCAAUUCAAGGGGUCAGGAAACUACUGCACUUCCUGUGAUAGAAGUCUCCAAGAACCUUUUAUCCAUUGCUCUCUGGGAUGCAAGGUGGAUUUUGUGUUGAAACACUACAAGGACCUCUCUUCCUAUUUGAGAACAUGCAAGUCACUGCAACUAAGCUCUGAUUUUCUGAUCCCACAAGAGAUGAUGGGUGAUGAUGAAAUGACUGGUUCAACCAUUGUGGAUUGUGAUGAGCCAAUGAGUUCAUGUUCAGGGUCAGAGAACAUGAGCAUGGCUUGCACAGAGAUUGUUAGAAAGAAGCGUAGUGGGUGGAAUGUGUGUGCAAGAUCAAUGAACAACAAGGUUUCCCAUGAAGACAUGGCCAGUGGCAUGAGUAGAAGGAAAGGCAUUCCUCAUAGAUCUCCUUUGUGUUAGCAACAUCAAUACUCAUAAACCCUAACUAGGGUAACACAAGAAGAAAAAAAAAAUAUUUCUAAAUUUUUUAAUUAUUAAUAAUAGGAUAUUUUGACUGAAGUGGGAUAUUCAAAAUCCUCUCUUUCACUCUCGAAA